CAGAUCGCAACCAAGUUCGUUGAGGACCUGCUCGUAGACCCUAAGACUCGCACCGUCGACGAUGUAUCACACAAGAUCGUCGCUGUUGGCUCUCGCAGCGUUCCCAAGGCACAAGAGUUCAUCGACGCAAAGAUAAACGGUGACAAGAGUAUCAAGGCGUACGGAUCGUACGACGAGGUCUUUGCUGACCCGAACGUCGACGGCGUUUACAUCGGCAAGCCUUCCGACGUACGUACUCCACACACCUACCACUACCCGGCCGCCCUCGCUGCCCUCAAAGCCAAGAAGCACGUCCUCUGCGAAAAACCCGUCACCUCGAACACCGCAGAGCUCAAGUCCCUUCUCGCCGCCGCGAAGGAGAACAACGUCUUUUUCAUGGAGGCGAUGUGGACGCGCUUCCAGCCGCUCGCGCAGGAGAUCAAGAAGGUCGUCGAUAGCGGCGAGCUGGGGCUGCCGAUUGCCCUGCAUGCGGAUCUGUCGGGCGACUUUGACAUCGAGAAUAUCCCGACGACGCACCGGAUCCUGGAUCCCCAGCUUGGUGGCGGCGCGCUUCUGGAUUUAGGCCCUUAUCCCCUUGUAUGGGCCAUCAUGCUCCUCUACGAGCACCCCGCCAACGCCGGCGCAAAGCCCGCCACCAUCUCCGGCUCCAUGCUCAAGACCCCGCGCACCGGCGUCGACGCCAGCUCCGCCUUCACUCUCACCUUCGCCCCGACCGAGUCAUCCUCCUCCACUUCUUCCCCUAACCAAACCCUCCGCGCGCAAGCACACCUCACCUGCAACACCACACUGAACGCCAUCGACCCUGGCGUCAUCGUGCGCUUCCAGCGCGGCACGAUCCGCGUGAGCGCGCCGAUUUACUGCCCGAAGGCCUUUAGCGUGGAGUAUCUGGAUGCGAAGGGCUUGGUGGAGAAGAAGGAAGAAAAGCAAGCAGAGUACGUUGGCGGCGGGUGGCACUUCCAGGCGGACGAGGUCGCGCGGUGCGUGCGGGAUGGGAAGACGGAGAGCGCGCUGUGGGGGCAUGACAAGAGCCUUUUGGAGAUGGAGAUCUUUGAUGAGGUCCGCAAGCAAGGAGGUUACAAAUUCCCUCCUGGCGUGGAGCACGUCACGGAGUAA